GGGACCCUAUCGACUCUGCUAACUAAGCAAGCAUGGCAAAUCAUGAAGGAAAUGGGAAUAAUCUAAUAUUCCAAGCCAAAUUUAAUGGAACAAGAUUUUCACAAUGGAAGUUUGGAGCCCUUAUCAUGGCUCGAGCCAAGAAGCUGGUGGGAAUUAUAGAAGGAACGGAACAGAAACCAGUUGAGGAAUAUGAUGAAGAAGGGAAAUUAAGAAACGGAAAGAAAAUCAACACGUGGAUUGAGAGAGAUGCCAUGGCUGCUGGGCUUAUUUACGGAAGCCUAGAACCCGAGUAUCAGACGUCAGUCGGAGGAUCAGUUGACGCGGCUGACAUGUGGAAAAGACUUAAUCAAGAGCACGCACAAGUGGCAGCAGCCAACUCAAAUCAAUUGACAGCGAAGUUUUUCCAGUACAUCAUGAAUCCUGAGCAUAUAUCAGAUGAACAAAUUGAAGAUCGUAUUCUGUCUACUCUACCACCAAGUUUUCAUGGCGCUAGAGCAGCAUGGGAAACUCUACCGUCUGGCGAGCACAGAAAUCUCAUUCGACUGACUCCCAUGGUGAUUACAGAGGAGGCUAUCGUGGAAGAGGAUAUCGAGGAAGAGGCUAUCGUGGAAAUGGUGGCGAAAGAGGAAGUGGCGGAUACAGAGGUUACGGACGAGGAGAAGGACAUCGCAGCAAUGGAGGUCACCGAGGAGAUUAUCGAGGAGGAAGAAGCUACCAUCAAGGAUCUAAACCACCAUUUGGUCCAUAUGAUUGCUACGAAUGUGGAAAACCGGGUCAUCUAG